UGCUGCUGACUUUGAGGAUGAAGAAAGCGGGUCAGGAGGCCAGUUGUGAGGUCCCCGGAAGUCUGAAAAGUAUUCAAGAUCUCUUACAUUGGGAACUGUUGGCUUCCCCUGGAGGCAAUCAGCUGCUCUUGGAGAGGACCUAUGGAAACAGGUAGUUUACAAAUGAUUAGAAGAAUUGAUUCUCUCUGACUCUAAUCAAAUUAUUUCCUGUGACACAGAUAUCUGCUGUUUACUUGUGAAUAAGACUUCUUAGAAAUCACCUGAGCCAGACCUGGGAGUCUGAAAGAAGUAGGCACUGGAGGAAGAAAAAUGGGCUGUGAUAGAAACUGUGGACUUAUUGCCGGUGCUGUCAUUGGUGCCAUUCUGGCUGUGUUUGGAGGUAUUCUGAUGCCAGUUGGAGACAUGCUUAUUGAGAAGACGAUUAAAAAGGAAUCUGUUCUUGAAGAUGGUACAAUUGCUUUUCAAAAUUGGGUUAAAGCAGGCUCAGAUGUAUACAGACAGUUUUGGAUCUUUCAUGUGCAAAAUCCAGAUGAAGUGGUGAAGAAUGGUAGCAAAAUUAAGCUUAAGCAAAGAGGUCCUUACACAUACAGAGUUCGUUAUUUAGCCAAAGAAAAUAUAACCCAAGAUACUGAGAACCACACAGUCUCUUUUGUGCAGCCUAAUGAGGCCAUCUUCGAACCUUCAAUGUCAGUAGGAACAGAGAAUGACACUCUCACUGUUCUCAAUCUGGCUGUAGCAGCUGCACCUCAUCUCUAUCCAAAUGCAUUUGUUCAAGUGCUACUUAAUUCACUUAUCAAAAAGUCAAAGUCUUCCCUGUUUCAAAACAGAACUGUGAGAGAGUUCUUGUGGGGCUAUACAGAUCCUUUCUUGAGUUUGGUUCCUUACCCUAUCCCUACCACAGUUGGUGUGUUUUAUCCGUACAAUGAUACAGUGGAUGGAGUUUAUAAAGUUUUCAAUGGAAAAGACGACAUAAGCAAAGUUGCCAUAAUCGACACGUAUAAAGGUAAAAAAACUCUCUCCUAUUGGCCAAGUUAUUGUGACAUGGUUAAUGGUACAGAUGGAGCCUCAUUUCCACCUUUUGUUGAGAAGAGCCGGGUGUUGCAAUUCUUUUCCUCUGACAUUUGCAGGUCAAUCUAUGCUGUGUUUGGAGGUGAGAUUGAUCUGAAAGGAAUCCCUGUGUUUAGAUUCGUUCUUCCACCCAAGGCCUUUGCAUCUCCAGUUCAAAAUCCAGACAACCAUUGCUUCUGCACAGAAAAAGUUAUCUCAAAAAAUUGUACAUUGUAUGGUGUACUAGACAUCAGCAAAUGCAAAGAAGGAAAACCUGUGUACAUUUCACUUCCUCAUUUUCUACAUGCGUCUCCUGAAAUUUUAAUCCCUCUUGAAGGCUUACAUCCAAAUGAAGAAGAACAUAGGACAUUCUUAGAUGUGGAACCUAUAACUGGGUUCACUUUACAAUUUGCAAAACGGCUGCAAGUCAACAUAUUGGUCAGACCAGCAAAAAAAAUUGAGACAAUGAAGAAUCUAAAGCAUGACUAUAUUGUGCCUAUUCUUUGGCUUAAUGAGACUGCUACCAUUGGUGAUGAGAAGGCAGAAAUGUUCAGAAAGAAAGUGACUGGAAAUAUACACCUUCUUGGCCUGGUAGAAAUGAUCUUACUCAGUGUUGGUGUGGUGAUGUUUGUUGCUUUUAUGAUUGCAUAUUGUGCCUGCAGAUCGAAGAAAGUAAAAUAAGCAGCAAAUGAGUCUACAGUUAUGUACAGCUACAUCAGGACUUUGCCAAUGUUGACCUACAAAAAUGAAGAUUUAAUGUGGUUUCUUUUUACCAAACCCAUCUUUUAGCUGAAGAAAUGGUGGCACUCUUUUUCUAAGCAACAAGAGUAAGGUCAUUAAAAUCCAUACUUUGAACAAAAAAACCCAGCACGAUUUAAGACGUAUCAUUUACCCAAAUGAAAUGAGUUCAGUUUCUGAGGAACUGGCUCACACACGAACCAAUUAUUUUUAUUUGGUACUGAUUCACUAAUUGGUUCCCUGGUGGCAAAUUCAGCAGAGGCGUGGAUGUUCUAGAAAAAUCCUGGACACUAAACUCUGGUCUUCCUUAUCGAGAGGAACACACUCCCACUAUCAUAUCCUUGGUAGCUCCCUGUUUAGUUAGGAGUGUCAGUUCAUUACAUUUCAUAAACACUAUUUUGAAAGACAUUUGAGAAUUGAAAAAUGAUAGUUAUGAGCCAUUUAUUAUAUCGUAAGUUUCUUUCUCCAUGGAAUCUUUGUACAACAAGAGCAAGCAAUAUAGCCAUUUUCUUUACAACACCAUGGGCUUAUAUUUUGUGUCACUGGGUAUACAGGUGGACCUUAUCAUUUUCCUCAUGAGCUCUUCUGGAACUCAGAUUUUAUUUUUCUGCUCAGUUAUAAUCUAAUGCUUGUCAACUUCAUAAUGCUGUGCUAGUACUGAGAUGUAAAUGAUAAUAAAAGGAUUAUUGUAUGGAAAACUACAGAGAAUAUUAUGUGCAUAAGUAAUUAUGAGCUGUAACAAUCCUUGCUUUCAUGGUCACCUCAGAAAGACUAGUUACAAGCAUUAAAAGAUGUUCUGUCUUCAAUUCCUGUGCUUUGUCUAGUUCUUAUUAUGUCACAAAAACCUGUAAGGUGUUCUGUUACAAUCCAUUUUUCCUUCUAAAAUAGUCUUUCUGAAUUCAGUCUUAACUACUUUCUUGAACUAAUUUUUCAAAUAAGUUGGAGGAAAAGGGAAAAAAUAGAGAUUUGCUUCAUUACAUUAAGACCUAAGUACUCGACUAUAAAAGAUCUUCCCUUUGCAUUAGGAGACCCAUGUAAUCCUGCUUUCUUUAGCAGGAUUCAUUUGUUUCGGAGAACAGAACUUUUCCUAAACACCUCCUUCUAGAAAGGGAAGAUGGUCCACAUUCUUGUGAUUUAAACACAUAUUUGUAGGACAAAGUGUUAUUAAGAGUAAAUAGGGUAAAUAUUGAAAAUCCCAAAUGAGACCUUGCCAGUUUGGAUUUUUUUGAAGUUUGAAAAUUCUCAAAAUACACUGAUUUAAUAUCUUUCUAGUCAAUUGAGGAGCAAACUAUCCCUCUACAAUAUUGACAUGUAAAUGAGAUUCUAGACAUUCUUUCCUGAAAAUUAAGAGAACUGUCUACUCUUUGCAUUAGGGUAUUUUUGACAUGUAUUCAAGAAUUAUAAUAGAAAUUUCUUUAAUUUUUUAGCUAAUUAGUGCUGAACUCAAAGUUGUUUUGAAGAAUUAGAUGAGAAAAUACAUGUUGAACUCCCAUAAGAUUUAUGUAUCUAGCUAAUGGCUUAGAUUUUCAAUCUCCGUACAGAAAUGCAUCUCAUAGUAUCUAGGUCAGGGAAAAGUUGUCUUUAGUAUUGUUUAAAUAAUGCAUGUACAUUCUAAUCUUCAGCAUUUUCUUACUCUAAAUUCUAUAAAAUAUGUACAAGAUGAAAAAAUACUACACAAAGAAGAGUGGAUUAUAAUUUUAAAUACCCACUAGGAAAACUAUAUUCUUUAAAGAACGGUAGAUUUUUUAAAUAUGGAAAUUGCAUUUGGAUAGUGUAUGUGCACACACCUUCGUGCACACAUAGGAUAAGAGUGUGAGAGACAUCUCUGGGAAUGUAUUAUAUGUGUAACUUGCUACUUAGCCCCAGAAAAAUUGUAUGGUAUUCCUAGAGGGUGAAUGUUUAAAUAUAUUUAUUGGUACAUGGCUGAUUUUGUAUGCUUUGUUCCAUAGAGAAGCUGCAGUCUUUGAUGGAAGCACAUUUUUCAUUCCAAAAUGUUUAACCACCAAAAAACUAUAGUACUUGUCUCUAACUUCAGGUUGAGAACUAUAGCAUCUGAAAGAGGUUAAUAUAAGUUAGAGCAUCUACAGAAAUUUGAACAUGGAGUAAUGUUUAUUGUUGCUGAUAAGUGAAUGCAGAAAAAAACAAUUUAUGUAGUUUCUAGUUUUCAGGAAAAAAAAUGGCAAAGGACAAUCAUUUCAGGAAAAUAUGCAGCUAUGGACAGAUUGGUUAUCCCUGAUAAUUUACUCUAUCAAAGUGCUGAUGAUUUGUAAAGUGCUGGAUAUUUGUAUCAAUCUUUUAACCCCAUUGUAUUAUAAGCACCUUUUUACUGGAGUUUUAGGAGUGUUUCAAAUGACAGUUCUGAUUCUCUGAAGUCCAAUGUGAAAUUGUAGUUGUGCUCUCUUUACCCUUUUCUGGCCUGUCAUUCUAAAUGGAUUUUUAACUUAAAUGAUCAAUAUUUUUUUAUUUUGCAUAUGCCUAGAGAUUUUCUAUGAUUGUUUUUUCUGUAUUUGCAUUGAGCUGACCUAAUGAAUUGAAAAUGAGUGUUUUAUAAUUCUAUCAAAUACAUGGAGGAACACUGCUUUCCCCUUCCUUUGUGAUUCAAAGUUAACUGCAUUUUUAAAUAUUUGUGAAAAUAAAUGCUUCCAUUAUU